AUGCAAGAUCCGUAUGCGGUUCUGAUGUACGCUCAACAGACUCACCGCACCAAGACCCACAAAGACGGACACACGUCGCCUGUGUGGAACACGACGUUCCGUCUGAACGUUAUCCAUGGCGUCGACGAGGCGCAACUCGCGGUCUGGAACGAAAACAGGAAGGCGGAUGACAAGAUUGGGACUUGCAAGGUGAAUAUCCGACAGGCCUUCAGCUUUCCAGUGUGGGACACGUGGCAUCCUCUCUUUACUCCCAAGGGCAGGCAGCAGGGGAGUCUUCGUCUCGCCCUGAAGUACUACCCACCUGUCGGUGCUCCUGGCGCCGCUGCCCCCUCCCACGCCGCCCCUCCCCCGCACGGUUACCCCCAGCAGCACGCCCCUCCCCCUGCCGGCCACGCCCCUCCCCCUGCCGGCCAUGCUCCCCCACCAUCCGGUUACCCUGGUUACCCGCCCCAGGGCGGUUACCCUCCUCAGGGGGGUUACCCCGGCGGACAUGCCCCUGCCCCCUAUGGCGCCCCUCCCCCUGGCGGACACGCCCCUGCACCCUAUGGCGCCCCUCCCCCUCAAGGCUACCCGCCCGCCCCAUAUGGCGCUCCGCCUCCCCACGGUUACCCUCCCCAGGGUUACCCGCCCCAGGGUUACCCUGGGUACGGUGCUCCUCCUCCCGCCCAUGGGCAUGCGCCUCAUGUGCAUCAUGCUCCCAAGCCGGCUGUUGUGGUGGUGCAUGGCCAUGGCCACCACCACCAUCACAAGCGCAAGUUCAAGGGCGGCUUCAAGAGGAAGGGGUUUUUCGGUAAGAGAAAGGGAUUUUUGGGGAAGAGGAAGGGCUUUUUCGGAGGCAAGGGCUUUUUCUGA